CCAUACUAGUGAGAAAAGGGUCUCUCCGACUCAGAGCUCGAUUUCUCUCUUGAACGACCGACUUCCAUUUUUAGCGCUGCCCUUUCUAUUUCUCUCGUUGCCACCACAGUGCACAGACAACACCGAUGGCUCCUCCCCGAGAAGAGGAAGGCUCGAGAGCAACCGAGGAAAAGGAAAGCGAAAAUUAUGUUGAAGAAGAAGCAGGAGGAGACGACGAGGACGAAGCACAAGAAGAUGCUCCUUCCCACCUUCCCCUCGCCCCUUGCUCGGAGAUACUAGAUAUACCAACAACUGUUGACCCCAGCUAUAUCAUCUCUCUUAUACGGAGACUUCUGCCACAUAAUUCGAGGGAAGGGACUCAAUCUCAAGUGACAGAAAAUUCUGCUACAUCUGUGAUGGGUUGUGAGAUGAAGCGGGAACUCAGAAAUGAAGAAAGAAGUGUUGUUUUAGAUGAUAGACAAUCAUUAACCGAAGACACAAAAGAUCCUUGGGAAGACUGUGGUUGUGUACUUUGGGAUCUCGCCGCUAGCAAAUCUAAUGCUGAACUAAUGGUGAACAAUUUAAUACUUGAAGUGCUACUCACCAAUCUUCAUGUAACUGAUUCUUUCCGGGUGGUGGAAAUUUGCCUGGGAAUCAUUGGAAACUUAGCCUGCCAUGAAAACCUAAGCAAUGCAAUAGUUUCUACAAAUGGUUUGGUUGAAACAAUUGUUGACCAGUUGUUUCGAGAUGAUUCUGCCUGCCUUUCUGAAGCAUUCAGGUUGUUAGCAGUGAGUCUCCAGACUAGCAAUUUUAUCUCUUUCGCUGAAGCCUUGCAACCUGAACAAAUUCUUUCACGUAUACUCUGGAUAAUUGGGAACACACUGAAUUCUACCUUGCUAGAAAAGAGCAUUGAUUUUUUGUUGGCUAUAAUUUAUAAUCAAGAAGUGAGAGUUAUUCUUCUUCAGCCUUUGGUGAAGCUGGGUUUGCCAAAUCUUAUUGUGAGUCUGUUGGCAUCUGAAACCAACAAAUCAACGGAAGUGAACCAACCAGAAAGGUUCUUUAUUGUUGAUCUAAUUCUUCGAUUAGUUGAAGCACUUUCUACAGCAGAUAAUUAUUCAGAUGUGAUAUCUUCAAAUGGUGACCUUUUUCGUCUUGUUUGUGAAGUGGUUAAGCUGCCUGAUAAGUUUGAGGUUGCUAGCUUGUGCGUUUCUGCUGUUAUCAUAAUUGCAAAUACCUUAGCAGAUGAGCAGCAUUUGAUAUUGGGCAUUCUGAAUGAUUUUCAAUUUUUGCAGGGCCUAUUUGAUGUUUUACCUUUUGUUUCCGAUGAUUCACAAGCUCGAAAUGCAUUCUGGUGCAUCCUAGCUAGGUUGUUCCAACAAGUUGAUGAGAAUGUUAGCACCACAUCGAAUCUGCACCAAUUUGUAUUGCUUUUGUUGGACAAAUCUUUCCUUAUUGAAGAAGACCUUGAUAGCCAUCUGGUGGACAAUCCAGGAGAUAAUUCGGGUUCCUGUGUUGUGGAGGGAAAAUUGUAUGCAGUGACUACCUGCCUUAAGAGAAUUGCCCGUAUUCUUGAGAAAUGGAACAAAGAUGGAGCUGCUAAUUUGGAGAAAGAUGAUUCUUGGGAUGGAAACCAUGGUGGUAAAGCUCGGAAGUUGCUUAGUUACUGUCUCAAAUACUCUUCGUAGGCGCUACCUCUAAUGUCAGAUCAACUUGAGAUGAUUAGCUCCUUUUAUUUUGUGGAUUUUCUGCCUUAAAUUUUCUUGAUGGGAAAUUGAUAGAUAUUUUUUCUUAAUUAUUUGAGUUUCGUGUAGGUGAUCUUUUUACCUUAUAUGAAAAAUUCCUU